GGGAAGGGCUGGCAGCGGAGCAGGUUGUGUCCCGUUUCAAUCGGCUGCGGCAGGAGCAGCGAGGUUUGGCCUCCAAAGCAGCUGAGCUGGAGCUGGAGCUGAACGAGCACAGCCUGGUCAUCGAGACCCUGCGGGAGGUGGAUCCCACACGGAAGUGUUUCCGCAUGGUCGGAGGGAUCCUGGUGGAGAGGACGGUCAAGGAGGUGCUGCCAGCGCUGGAGAGCAAUAGGGACCAG